AUGGCUUCUUACACUGUUGCGCCGCACCUCGAGUACUUCAACACCCCCCUCGCCUCAUUCACAGCUGCUCGGCCCGAAUUUGAGAGCUUCGGGGUCGGCGCGUACAUUUUCUCUCAUGAUGGGGCAUCCCCACUGCGGAUCCUACUGCUCCAACGCAGCCUGACCGACUCGAUGGGCGGGUUUUGGGAGGGCCCAGGAGGCGCCUACGAGCCCGGAGUAGACGAGACGUUGCUGGAUGGAGUGGUCCGUGAAGUCCUCGAGGAGACUGGGCUCCAUGUGUCUCGCAUUGUGGAACUGGUCGCCGUCGAUGGCUGGACGCACCAGCGCCGCAACGGGGCUCACAUUUGCAUCGCCAAAUACUCUUUUAUCGUUGAGGUUCACGAGGUCACUCGGUCAUCGCCCCAAGGAGAACCACAGUCGGUGACCUGGGGUGAUAUCCCCGUCCGCCUCGAGGCCAGCGAGCACCAGGCGUUCGAAUGGGCGACCGAAGCCGAUGUUCGCCAUUCAGUGCAGUCGGAUCAGGGCCGGUAUCAGUUUCCACUCCCCUUCGUGGGCCACCAAGCACCGAAUAUCCUACGGGCCUUUGAACUGUGGACAGAGCACCAAAAUCGAACACCGCAGCAUGGCGUCAUACAUGUAUGA